AAUAUCGGCUAUUGUGAGUGAAAAGCCCAUCUCUAUUCUGCGCAGAGCGCGUAAAACAAAACGGAAAAAGGAGAGAAUAUUGUGCCCAGAGAGUAUUGUAGAGGGGGCGGAAGAGGAAACGUAGAGUCGAACGGUAUAUCAGGUCCAACCAAGUAAGCUUUUAGAAUCGUCAGUGAGCAGUCUAAAAAAAAAAAGAGAGAAACCCUCUACGGAGGCAAACCUAACGGGCUCCAGGAAAAGAAAACAAAUCAAGUUGAGGAAAACAGGACGGAAGAAUCUCAAGGAUAUAAUGAGUACAAAGUCGGAUAACAAGAUGCAGCGGUACUACGCCGAACGGGAAACCACUGGACCCGAGUUCGACGAUCGUCUCAUAAAACUUGUGCGCGCCAACCCGGCCAUCUACGAUGUCAGCCACCCACACUACCGCCGCAAUCCUGUGAGAGUGGACAUAUGGGAUCGAAUCGCCACCGAGCUGGGCGCCUCCUCCCGAUUCCUGCAGACCAAGUGGAAGAACAUACGCUACAACUACUUGCAGGAGAUCAAGUCCAUUGAAACGGGCCAGGCCAAUCCGAAUGUGAGAAAACGUCGCUUCACCGAGGACCUCUCCUUCCUGCAAAACACCGCCCAAACGUACAACGUGAAGAAGUUGCAGAACUACAGCAUCGCGGCGCAGAACGGUAGCAGUGACAACGACAGCAACAGCUUCCUUUAUCCGGAUCCCGAACACCUGAAGAUCGAUGCCUCCGAGGGCUACGACAUCAUCGAACUGGAUAACAGUGAUGAUGGAUCUCACAGCGAUGACAACGAGAUUGUGCCGGAACUGCAGCUGGGCAUGCACUGCAAGCCGGAGAUCUCGCUUCAGGGGGCGCUCAAUGGUGCCCGGAGUAGCAGCAAUAGCCGUAGCCACGACAAUGAGAACGACCAUAACCACGUUAGCUCGCCGGCCUCCUCGCCCCUGCUCACACCCAUGGUGGUUAUGGGCAACGGCUUCGACCAGGAGCCGGUGCAGUCCACCCACAAUGACAUCAAGCAGGAUAUACCAAAAAACAACUCACUCUCGAACGGGGAGGUUACCAUCGAACCAAUCUACAAGCCAGCGGCCACAAGACGCCCACUUCCCAGCGAUUUUCUGUCCAGUCGGGCAAAACGUAAAGUCAUUCCGACACCACCAUCGCUAACACCAUACAACGACCCCAUCGAGCUGUACUGCCUGUCGCUGGUGGACACCUUGCGCAGUAUGCCCCGAUCGGAACGGGAACGAGUCAAAUUCGAGUUCGCCAAUAUACUGAAGGACGCCAAAUACAAGGACGAGUCCUAAGCGUAUGGUAGAAGCUUUCGGAUAAACAUCUAUUCUCAUGCAAUACGUACAAUUUUCGAUUAGUCACGAUUAGGUUUACGAAAUCAUAAUGCAUGCGAUGGCAUUAUUAACUCAUACACUCAUACGAGGUCCUCUUGUAUACACCCAUUAUGUCCUUUUUUCACCAAAACUAUACAUAGAAUUUACAAUGCUACGUUUGCUAACGUUCCUAGGCUAAGAUCUAAUUUGUUUAGGAUUUAAAUUAUUUUAUAUAUUAAGAACAAAACGGUAUGUGUCCAUAUCUAUUCAGUUGUAUCAACAAUGAACCGAAAUAAAUUAUGCACAAAAAGAUA